AUGGUCGAAAAAAGGUUGGUUUUACAGGUUCGAAAAGAGAAACUAGGCGAUCGAGUCACUGCGCUUCAACAGUUAGUUUCGCCUUUCGGUAAGACUGAUACGGCAUCGGUUCUCCAUGAAGCCAUUGAAUACAUCAAGCUCCUUCAUGAUCAAGUCAAUGUUCUAAGUAACCCCUAUAUGAAAAAUGGAGCUACUAUGCAAGUGCAACAGAUAAGCGACAAAGCGGAAGACAACAAUGAAGGAGCUAAACAAGAGUUAAGGAGCCGAGGCCUUUGCCUUGUACCGGUAUCUAGUACCUUCCCGGUCACUGCAGAGACCACACCCGAUUACAGCUAAUGCUUUCAACCCCAA